AGAGGGAAGCCGUUCGGAACAACGAGCGAGACCAAAGAGGCGGGAAAAGUGAAUUUCAACUCGGUGAAAUUUCUUUGCGCGCAAUUGAAUCCUACCCGGGAACGGAGGAGGAUUGAGGUAAGUUGGCGGGAAGUCGAUGGGAGAGAAGGUUGGGUUGCUGUUGCUCGUGAAAUGGAAGCCUGCAGUGAGUACUCGGCAAUACGCUUUAAGCAACGUGCCGUGAUUGAGUUUUUGACUGCCAAAGGAGUCCCUCCAAUUGAAAUUCAUCGCCGAAUGCAGGUUGUGUAUGGGGAUGACUGUGUUGACGUGAGUACUGUACAUCGCUGGGCCCAAAAAUGUAAAGAUGGGAAACCAGGAAGAGCCGACUUGUUUGAUUAAGAAUGAAAUGGAUGACUUGUGACAACAACGGACAAGUUUCGUAUGAGAGAGGUUGAUGAAACGGAAGAACAAUCAGGGGAUCACUCAAAGGGAAAUUUCUGUCAAGCCUGGCAUUUCACAGGAAUGAGUGGGUCACAUUAUUGACCUUCUUCAGCACUAGAAGGUAUUUCUCAACAUGUCAGUAAAUCCAAUGGUAUAUGAAGCCCAGUUUUUUGGCUUUACCCCUCAAACACUCAUGUUGCGGAUAUAUUUUGCUUUUCAAGAUCAUCUUUCCCAUAUAAUGCUGGUAGUGGAGAAAGUCAUACUAAAUAAACUAGAGAACAUCUGUCCUAAUCUUACUCCUUCUCUAAUCCGGAGGAGCACAGAAAAAUUCUUCGCUUUCAUGAAGGAACGCUUUGACAAUCUGUUCAGUAAAAUGGAAGAGCCACUUUUAAGCACAGUUUUGAGCAUCCCCAAGAAUGUUUGUCUUCCAGAAGAUAAGCUCCAAGAGGAAUUCUGCUACACUGCAAAACAGUUUCAAGAACUCGAGAAUGAGAUCAGCCAGCUGGAAAGAGAGCUCAAGGCUGAAACAUAUGCUGAGCAAGCUCUACAAGCAGAACUGGAAGAGCAAAAGAUUGUCCAGGGGCACCUUGAAGGGAUUCUACAAUGGUUUGAUAGUCUUGACAACACAGGCAGAAAUGAGGGGACUGGAAACCUUAAAGAAAGCUUUGCUGCCUUGACAAAAACAGCUGCCAAACUGCAGAAUAUUGUGCUGGAGGUGGAGGAGAAAAUGAACAGACUGGAGAAAGUGACUGAAUAACAGCAAUAUAAUAAACAUAUUUUCACCCAUUCCUUUUUUUUCCCCUUGGAAGUAUUUCCAAGAAUUUUUGUGGGCCAGUCAUGAUUCAUUCACAUAAUUUGCAAAGAAUAAGGAAAGGCCUUUCUGAGGUAGCACCUUUCCCAUGGAAUGAAGUUUAAGGGUCACCUGAUUAAUCUCCUUUGCUCUAGGGAGUAUGGCCAUAGUUGUGGGAAGACUACCUGGCAAGUGGAAGUGAAGUCAAGUUAGAAUCCAGUUUUAUGCCCUUAAUGGCUGAAACUG